AUGGCUCCAGCCCGCCCCAGUGUGAAGCCUGCCCGGAAGGCCCCCAAAAAUUCCCCGACAAAGAAGUCCUCUAAGGUUGCUACAGUAAAGGGCAGCACUACCGUCGGCAGGAAGACAUCGCGUGCUGCAUCUGCUGCUCCAGCAGCAGCAGCAGCAGCACCCAAGGUGAAAAAGACCAUCAGCAAGAAACAGACGAAGCCGGCAAAGGCAAAGGGUAUUCGCAGUAGCUGUUGCAGCAGGGAGACAAAAGCUGCAGCUCCUGCUGCAGCAGGAGGAGACGGAGCAGCGGCUGCAGUAUCGCCGGCGGCGAGUACAGCAGCAGCAGCUGUUGCUGCGGUUGCUGCAGCUGUAGCACAUCACAUCAGUAAUCUGUCCCUCACUCAUAUGAGACCUCCUCCCACUGGCGCGUUGUUGCAGAAGGCGCAGCAACGCGAGGACCAGCAGCAGACUGACUGCACUUAG